CGCGAUCUCGACUCACCGCAACCUUCGCCUCCCGGGUUUAAACGAUCCUCCCGCCUCGGCCCUGCCGAAUAGCUGGGACUACAGGUUCAUCAAGUUAAGCAGCGCAGCAGCCCUCUAAGGGCCAGUCCCAGGCCCAGGGGCUCCUCCGACAGCGCAGACAGAUGUCCUGGGCGGCUGGCUCGACUCAGUCCCCGGUCCCCGGCCCGGGGCCACCGGCCACCCGCGCCCCGCCCACAGCUCUCAGCAGUUAACCAGGCAACCGCGCACAGAAGCCACCACCGGGACACAGAAAGCGUGUUUGGCGCAGGGCGCGCCCCGCCACCCCGCCUAUCCGGCCUUAGCCAAUGGCUUGCUGCGCCGGUGCCUGGAGCGCAAAGCCUGUUCUUCUUCCUGGGACAGCGCUGUGCGCAUGCGCCUUGACGAGUGGGCGCCGUACGUAGCGGAGGGAGCCAUGGACAACUGUUUAGCCGCUGCGGCGCUGAACGGGGUGGACCGACGUUCCCUGCAGCGCUCAGCAAGGCUGGCUCUGGAAGUGCUGGAGCGAGCCAAGAGGAGGGCAGUGGACUGGCGUGCGUUGGAGCGUCCCAGAGGCUGCCUGGGGGUCCUUGCCCGGGAGGCGCCCCACCUAGAGAGACGGCCCGCAGCCGGCCCACAGCGCUUUCUCCCGGGAGAGAGAGAAGAGAGACCCCCAACCCUUAGUGCUUUCUUCAGAACAAUGGCUGAAUUCAUGGACUAUACUUCAAAUCAGUGUGGGAAAUAUUAUUUAUCUAUGCCAGAGGAAGGAGGGGCAACACAUGUUUAUCGUUAUCACAGAGGCAAGUCGAAGCUGCACUUGUGUUCGGACAAAGGUAAUGGUCAGAGAAAAGACAGACGAAAGACAUCCCUUGGUCCUAGAGACAUCUAUCAAGUGUCAGAGCAUGCUCCAGAGGCAUCCCAGACCGCUGAGAACAUCUCUAAGGACCUCUACAUAGAAGUAUAUCCAGGGACCUAUUCUGUCACUGUGGGCUCAAAUGGCUUAACCAAGAAGACUCAUGUGGUAGCAGUUGAUUCUGGACAAACUGUGGACCUGGUCUUCCCUGUGUGAUGUUGACCAUCACCUUUUUUUAAGCAGUAAGAAUAAAGCCACUGUAUGAUUCUCUUAA